AACGCUGCCCUCCGUGUAUCUCACGCUGCUUUCACAAACCUUUCCCAAAUUCAACAUUCAAACUCACAAUUCCAUUCCUUCAAUCGUCUCCCUUGUGCCUCUAAUCCACCCGAUUUCAUAUCCAAAUCCACCCUCAAACCUUCAGAAAUAUACAAACAAGUGCACCCCAAUCUGCAAAAAGAUGCACAUAAUCUUCUGUAUUUUCAAUUCUAAUCAUUCUAUUAGUUCCUAGCUUUUCUAAUUUCAGAGUUCGAACGUUUUCUCUUUCUUCUAAUUGGGUUUGUAAUUGUGUAUGAUCGAAAAUGUAUAGCAAUUUCAAGGAGCAAGCGAUCGAGUACGUGAGGCAAGCAGUGCAAGAAGACAACGCUGGUAACUAUGCAAAAGCAUUCCCUCUUUACAUGAACGCUUUGGAGUACUUCAAAACCCAUUUAAAGUACGAGAAAAACCCUAAGAUUAAGGAAGCGAUUACUCAGAAAUUUACCGAGUAUUUGCGCCGGGCGGAGGAGAUCCGAGCUGUGUUGGAUGAGGGUGGGACCGGGCCAGGUCCGAAUGGAGGGGAUGCGGCUGUGGCGACAAGGCCCAAGACGAAGACGAAACCCAAGGAUGGAGAAGAUGGGGAGGAUCCUGAACAGUCCAAGUUGAGGGCUGGGCUUAACUCCGCGAUUGUUAGGGAGAAACCUAAUAUUAAGUGGAAUGAUGUUGCUGGGUUGGAAAGUGCUAAGCAAGCUUUGCAGGAAGCUGUUAUUUUGCCUGUCAAGUUUCCUCAGUUCUUCACCGGCAAGAGGAGGCCAUGGAGAGCUUUUCUUUUAUAUGGUCCUCCUGGGACAGGAAAAUCUUACUUGGCCAAAGCUGUUGCUACUGAAGCGGAAUCCACUUUUUUCAGUGUCUCAUCAUCGGACCUCGUUUCCAAGUGGAUGGGUGAAAGUGAAAAGCUAGUUUCGAACCUAUUCCAAAUGGCUCGCGAAAGUGCCCCAUCCAUUAUAUUCGUCGAUGAAAUUGAUUCCUUGUGUGGGCAGCGAGGAGAAGGAAAUGAAAGUGAAGCUUCUAGACGUAUUAAAACAGAACUGCUUGUGCAGAUGCAGGGUGUUGGACACAAUGACGAUAAAGUUCUUGUUCUUGCGGCAACAAAUACACCCUAUGCCCUAGAUCAGGCUAUACGCAGAAGAUUUGAUAAGCGCAUCUACAUUCCUCUACCAGAUGCGAAGGCACGACAACACAUGUUCAAAGUUCAUUUAGGGGAUACCCCCCAUAACUUAAGUGAGAGUGACUUUGAAGACUUGGGCCGUAAAACAGAAGGUUUUUCUGGUUCGGAUGUUUCUGUGUGUGUCAAAGAUGUACUCUUUGAACCUGUUCGUAAAACACAAGAUGCUAUGUUCUUCACCCAGAGAUCUGAUGGUACAUGGAUGCCGUGUGGACCGAAACAACCGGGUGCUGUGCAGACAACUAUGCAGGAGCUUGAUGCUAAAGGACUUGCAUCUCAGAUCAUCCCUCCACCCAUUUCGAAAACAGACUUUGAUAAGGUGCUUGCUCGUCAACGACCAACAGUAAGUAAAUCGGAUCUUGAUGUGCACGAAAGAUUCACCAAGGAGUUUGGAGAAGAAGGUUGAAGAAACUGAGCGGCUAUUCCUGCAGUUGCCAAGAUUUGUAAUUUACUUGUGUUUUGUGCCUGAAAAACACGAUUCAAAGGCUCUUUAAAUGGAAAGUUGACUUUGUUUACCCUUUCCUUCUGGGGUGUGUCAGUUUUACACUUCAAAAUCUUAUUGCAAUUCAAUUACUUCAGUAAUUGUAAGCAACUGCAAGUACCAAAGUUUCUCUGAUUUCCUCUUUAUCAUUAUGUUCAUAGUUAUUCUGGAAAA